AUGGAUUUUCCUAAUCUGCUGAGCACCAUCUCUUCUGUUAGAAUCCCUGACUUCAAUGUUGAAGAUUCUCUAGUUUGGAAAAGCUCUUCUAAUGGGGAUCUUAGUUUCAAGGCUGCCUACAACACCAUUAUUAAACCUUCUCCUUCCAAAUUCUGGUCCAACUUCCCUUGGGAUAAGGAUUCCCCCUCCCCCUCUCAUUCAAUGGUUGUUUGGAGAUUCAUUCACCAUAAAAUUCCUACUGAUGACAAUUAUACCAUUCGAGGUUUCUCUCUUCCUUCUAUGUGUUCUCUCUGUCACUCCUCUUCCAAAUCGAUGGAACACCUUUUCUUUAGUUGCACUUUUGCAUCCAAUUUGUGGAACUGGAUCAAAUCUAAAUGUGAGAUCAACUUAAAAAUCCUCUGCUACAAUGAUUGCUUGAAGCUGCUUGAUAAGUCCUGGUCUGCCCAAGCUCUUGCUGUCAUCAAAACUAGCAUGGUUGGAAUUUUCUAUGAAAUUUGGAGUUCUAGAAACAAGGCUAGACAGGAGAACAUUAAAAUUCAUCGGAAUUCUUGUAUUGCUUUUGUUGCUGCCCAGGCUAAGUUGGCUGGCAACUUCUUCUGCAGGAAAUCAAAUUCGACCAUCUCUAAUUUUGCCAUGUUAAAGAGAUUUGAUGUUAACUUGAAUCCUUCUAAGACUUCUAGUUAUGUUGAUGUUCUUUGGUCUCCUCCUUUACAAGGUUGGAUUAAGUGCAAUGUUGAUGGAGUGGCUAGGGGCUCUCCUUGGAAAUUGGCUUGUGAAGGUAUCUUUAGGGAUUGUCAAGCUAAUCAUGUUCUCAGCUUUAGUGUUUUCCUUGACUGUGAACCUCCUGCAAAUGCAGAGUUGUAG